AUGAAGAAGGCCGAUCGAAUGCGUGAGGUUGAAGAUCCCGAUAACGUGGUAUUGGAAAAGUGCAAAAAGUUGGCAUCAUACCUUCGCAACUCGAAAUGCACGCUAGUGUAUACGGGUGCUGGAAUAAGCACGGCGGCAUCCAUUCCAGAUUAUCGUGGACCAAACGGUGUUUGGACGUUAGCUGAAAAAGGCAUCGCACAUUCAAAAUGCGGUGAUCCAAUAGAGUGUUGCCCAACAACAAGUCAUAUGGUGCUGAAAGAAUUUUGUCGUCGUGGCAUAAUCCGACAUAUUCUAUCGCAGAAUUGUGACGGAUUGCAUCUACGCUCGGGUUUGCCGCAAAAGAUGCUCUCUGAAAUUCAUGGCAAUAUGCAUAUCGAAGUGUGCACACAUUGCGAUCCACCACGUCAGUUCAUACGUCCGUUUGACGUCACUCAAAAGAGCCAGUUCAGGCGACAUGGAACGGGCAGAGCAUGCACAGUAUGUAAUACAGAAUUGGUUGAUACGAUCGUCCAUUUCGGUGAGGUGGGUCGUGUGCCAUGGCCACUGAAUUGGAAGGGAGUAACGUCACUCAUUGACGAAUGUGAUCUGAUCGUAUGUGUGGGCACCAGUCUUGCGGUUCUUAAACAAUACCAGUUCCUAUGGCCCAAAGCUAAAGGGCAAACACAAAUUGCAAUCGUGAAUUUACAGUGGACACCUAAGGAUCGUUCAGCAUGUCUGAAAAUAAAUGCUCGUUGCGAUACCGUCUUCGAAAAAUUAGCGAAACUUUUCUCGGUACCAGUCAGUUAUUAUUGCAGAGAUUGCGAUCCGGUGCUGAAUCCUCGUCGAAACGCAAGAAUUUGUGAGUUGAUGGAACGAAUCACGGAUUGCAGGUGUCACUUACGAGUGCCACGCUCCACUUGCGAUGAACAGGGCCCUCGGGGCACACCGGGCUGGUGGGCCGUUGGCAUUCAGAGGACUAUGAAACGAUCCCUUCAAACACCAAGCAACCAAAAGAAACGCUCUGUAGGGCGACCUCGAAAACGCAAGAAAUCAUGUGCCGUUUCACGUGGUGUUUCUCCAGAUGAAGAAGUUGUGGUGGAAAAGAAUAACAGUUCGGAUACUAAGUUCUCUUCAUAUAAUGAGUCUACUGCUGUAAUUUGUGCAAUUUCUGAAUUGGAUAUGCGUUCCGUGCAUGGAAGUCAUCUUAAUCAAUUUCUGAAUGCUUCCGCUGAGGGUGUUGUUGAAAGUGAUGGUGGUAACAGACUCGAAGUAAAGGUAGGAGAAUCUGAUGAAGAACUUAUAGUAGGAUGUAAAGUUGAAUGGAAAUCAGUCAAAUCGUGUCUCACAGCACUGAUCGAUGAAGUAAGUGCGUUACAGUGA